UUGUUAAAACUAUUGACCACGAUACUGAAAACACAGUGCCAUAUUAUUCUGUGGUCUUCUUCCUCCAUCAUCGUUUUAGGGUUCGCAAAGUUUCAAUCUCCCUUCACCAUCAACGUUCCUGCAACUGAUUCGAAGAAAACCGUUAAUCUCUGUUCACAGCAUUGAAGAAGCAAGAUGCAGAAAUUGGGAGACUUCAAACUACCGCAUUUCUUCAAUUACCCACCUUACUUCACUUUGCAGCCAGUAAGAGACACUAGAGAGAAGCAGAUACAGCUUUGGAAAGAGCUUAUUUUAGAUUACUGCAAAACACAGAAGUUAUUUGUAAUUGGGCUUGAAGAAGAGUUUCCUCUGUUUACAAAUCCUGUAAUUGAAAGGUCUCUUACUCAUGAAGCCAGAGAAGCGUUUGUUUCAGCCUUAGUUUCAGAAGGACGUGCAGAAUGGAUGGAUAAAGGACAUAGGAAAUGUCUCGUUCUCUGGCAUCGGAUUCAAGAUUGGGCUGAAAUUUUAUUACAGUUUGCGAAAGAUAAUGGACUCGAGGACAGUGUUGUGACAAUAGAAGAAAUACGCUUUGGGACUGAAUCUCAAGGAACAGAGCUUCAUGGGAUCGACCGAACUAUUCUGAAUCGGGCAUUGAAACUAUUAGAACAGAAGGGGAAGCUUGUGGUCUUUAAAGGAACUUCAACUGAUGAUGAAGGAGUUAAAUUUUCUGUAUGAUGGUUGUGUGUGUUAAUCUGUUGAAUCUCGAGGGGCUUCAAAUAUGUAAUCCUUGGAGGAAAUCUUUUCCUGUCUCUUUGACUUGAUUAGUUUGUUGACGGGAAAGGUAUCUAAGAUCAAGCUGAUGUUACUUGCCAUUGCCAUCAUUUUUUAUUUUGGGAUCUUGUGUAAGAAUUCGGGUUUGUGGCCUUAAUCUUUGUUGACUUAGAAACAAUGUUCCCUGUGAAAUAAUGAAAUUCGUACAUGUGAGUCAGGGUUCCAAA